AUGGUUACACUCAGGGGCUGCAACCUGGGAAGGAAGCAAUGUGUUUUACUAUUUAUUCAUUAUACUCCCAUUUAUUUUCUAGCGGAAUAUUUUCGACUUGCUCUUUCAAAAUUGCAGAGUUGUGAUCUCUUUGAUGAGUCUGACAAUGUGCCGUGUAUAAAGUGUGUGGUGGUUGGUAAUGGAGGAGUUUUGAACAAGACAUUAGGAGAAAAAAUAGACUUCUAUGAUGUAAUUAUAAGAAUGAAUAAUGGUCCUGUUUUAGGGCAUGAAGAGGAAGUUGGGAGAAGGACAACCUUCAGACUAUUUUAUCCAGAAUCUGUUUUUUCAGACCUCAAUCACAAUGAUCCCAACACCACAGCGAUUCUUGUUGCUUUUAAGCCACUUGAUUUAAAGUGGCUGAUGGAAUUGUUGGCAGGUGGAAAAAUAAAUACCAAUGGUUUUUGGAAGAAACCAACCUUACACUUAAUCUAUAAGCCAUAUCAAAUCAGAAUAUUAGAUCCUUUCAUUAUCAGGACAGCUGCUUAUGAACUGCUUCAUUUUCCAAAAACAUUUCCCAAAAAUCAGGUAUGUAUGUCUAUUUCCAUUAUUUCAAACUGAAGAUCCAGCUGGAAUAGCAUAGAGACUUUGCUG